AAACAGUUCGUCGGUGGCGCAAACUAAAUACGUAUAUGAUCACCAGUCGCGGUGAUCUUUCAAUGCAAAGCCCCGCUUUCCAACUGGAUAAAAGCAACGGUGUCGAUGGCAGCGUGGAAACACCACUAAGCGAUGUGACUGGUCAGAGUAACACUGGCAACAGCAACACAAACAGCAAUUGCAAUAGUAACCACCACAAUGGCAAUCACUACAAUCACAAUCACAAUUGCAAACACAAUAAUAUCAAUGAGACAGCGUUGUGGUCAAGAUCACACGAUAUGAAGGCAUCAAAACCCGUGCUGCGCAAUAUAAACACUGAUAUGACCAAAGGGAUACAACGGAAAUCGCAUCAGGGCAAGAUGCAAUUCACGGGCAACGAUCGCGAUGCCAAACAGCAGUUGGCCAACGAUGAUCUGCGCAUGUCGAAGAUAAUGCGGCGACUGCACAACGAAUCGAGCCCAGCUGCCGCAUUGGAAUUGUGUAGCAAACUGGAAAUGGCUGUGCGUACGCCGGUUAACAUGGGUUAUUUGACACGAUCUUUCGAUGUGAUCCUCGAUGGAAUGUUGGCGCUAUUCAAACAAUGCCCCCCCUUGGUGGUCGAGGAGUGCUGUAAGACGCUCGGUUUGAUUGGCUACAUAAAUCGCAUGUCGUAUCCCAUCUACGAAGAGUUUAUUGUGAAGAACUAUCGCACAAAUAAAAAAAUGCAAAAGUAUUUAAUUGUCGCGCUACGCACGACCCUGAGCUGCGAUCACAACAAAUGCGAUCUACACAUUUAUGCGGACAAGAUAAUGCAUCUGCUGAAGGACUUCCUGGAGGCAGCGGAUAAUCCGGACAAUUUUAUUGCGAUUAGCGAGUGUAUUGUACAAUUCUCGCACAAUUAUCGCGAUGCCUUCGAGUGCCAUUUUACAAAUGUGGUGGACAUCAUAAUUGGCUGGCAGCUGGAGAUUGGCCAGCCCAAACAGCUGAAAGCCCAUUGUGCUUAUGUACUGGAACAGCUAACGCCGUACUUUAGCAAUCAGUUGAACUUCAGCUAUGGCCUGCUCCAUCAGUUCAUCGAGGAUAUCCAAACGGAGCUUGACGGCGAACGGAUCGGUGCCUUCGUCGGUGCCUUUAAUACCCUACUCAAGUGCCUGACCCGCAUGCGAAUAACAUGCGAGUCGAUUGUCUACCUUGCCCUGUCGCAUCUGACCAAAAUGCUGCCCGAUGUGCUGAUGCAGCUGCAUCACGACAAUAACAAUGACAACAACAACAAAGUUGGAGACGACGCCGACGACACAAACAACUCAAACAACGAUGCCUUAAUCAACAUAAAUGAGCUCUUCUGCAUUUGCCUGCUGAAUGGCUACAGUGAACCGGAUGCAGCCACAUUAAAUCAACUGAUCCACUUGCAGUUCGUGCAUAUAACAAAACUGCGACAAUCUCAACAGCUGAGCUGCAUGUAUUUAUUAUUGUGCACGGUGCGCAAACUUCGUGCACGCUUACCCAACACACUCGUCCAACUGAUCUUUCAAUCGGAGUCCCCAUUUCUUGCGGAGAUUCGUGUGCGAAGCGAGCAUGCGGCAUAUAAGCUACUGUUGCGCUGCUGCCAGGAGACGUUGCUCAUCCGGAAUGUGCCGCUGCUGCAGCUGGCAUACAAACAACUCGUCGCGGACAUUGACAAUUGUAUGAGCCGCAUUGCAGAUGCCCCAAUGGAGACAAAUGCGAGUGCAUUGCUCACCUUCCAAUUGGCCGCGUUGGCCUCGCUGGCCAAGCAAACCGCAUCCAUUAUUGGCAUGUACGCCUGCAAGCCAUCCAUAUUACAGCUGCUGAUUGACAAUUGUCGCGCCGAGGAGCUGAUCAUCUGGUCGAAGCAUUCGUCCAGCCAUCAGGCAAUAAUUGCUCUACUCAUCGUCCACUGCCAGGCGAAUCAUAAUUUUCGCAAAAAUUCAAGUUUAUUGUGCGAUGGCAACGACAACAUCAUAUCGCAGCCGACGGCGCACAGUUUUGGGCACAUACUCAAGUUUCUGGCCCACUGUCUGUCAAAGCAGGCGGUGACACAACUAUCGCCCCUGAAUCUGCAACAGCUGCUGAACUGGACAAGCUCACUGCUCGCCGAGUGUGCCACGCAUUCAACGAUGCUGCUGCUGCACGGGGACUUCCGCACAAUAUGCGAUUGCAUUGCCAGCGUAACGCCCAAAUAUGCGCCCAUGGAGAGUGGCCAAUGUAUGCUGGCCGUGCUUGGCUAUGGCUGCAGCAAUCUCAGCCGGCAACUGCUCGAAUUAUAUCGCGAUACGGCGUUACAGCAACUGAAAGCGUUGUGCAGCAGCAGCAUCCAUUCGAUAUAUGCCCAGAUCUAUGCCCAAUUGCCGUUACAUUUGACAAUUGUUAAACGGUGUGCCAUCGGCAUUGGCUGCAGCACGCAUGUCAGCAUCUGGCAACAGCGUUUGAGCCAAUGCAGCGCCGUACGCGAUAAUGUCUUUCGCGAUUUUGUGGAACGUCUGCAGACGCCGGAGGAGCAACCGUUGCCCGUUGACGGCUCUCUGCGUGCGCUAUUCGUGCGCAGCUGUCAGGUGAAUGUGCUCGAUGAGCGCCAAGAGAAAUUGACACAGUGUACGCGACGCUGUCAGUGUUUGGCCAGCGCCUGGCUGCAACACGAGGCGGCACGCUAUUGUCUUGAUCAGAAGUUGCGCACCACGCUCGGCAAGCCGCAGGACACGUUUCUGGCCAUCGAGGCGAUUGUGAUGCGCUAUGCUCGAUUGCUCAACGGCUGUGCCAAGGAUGCGGAGCGUCAGACCUUCGAUGAGAUGUCGCUGCAACAGCUGUGCAAUACACAGGCCAAUCUCAGCAUGCUGCUGGGCUUCCUCGAUGCGCUCGAGAAGCACAUCUAUAAUGCCGCCGAGGGCAGUGCGUUCGCAUUGCGUGCCCCCGAGAAGCCAGUGAGUGCAUUCUUUCGCCUCAACAAUCCCACAUGCCAGUCCUGGUUCAAUCGCACACGCAUCGGUGUCGUCAUCAUUGCCAUGCACUGCCAGCAACCAGAGCUGGCCGUACGCUAUGCCCAGGAAAUAUUACAGACGCCAAAGUCCCAGGACUGCUCAUUGCACAGCCAGGCGAUAGUUUAUUUAGCCUGGGCGCACAUCCAUUGCGGUGAAUCGGAUGCGUUGCGUGGUUUGCACGUCUGGGCGCGCUCAAAGAGCGAGAAGAGCUAUCAGUGGCUGUUGCAUGCAUCCGAUCAGGCUGCCGGUCGCAGGGAUCAGGCAUUGGCCGGCUAUCGCAAUGUGCUCGACGAUGAGCAGCAGGCGGCCGAGUUGGAGCCGCAUACACGUCAAUUUGUGCUCUCGCAAUUGAUUGAGUGUCUGCACAGCACCGGUCAAUGGGCGCAAUCUGUUAACUUGAAGUUGCAAUUGAAACGCAACGAGGAGCAUGCUGACAUUUUCAAUCCAUUUCUGCAGAGGAGCAGCGUGCAAGUGAGCGCCAUGGAGUCCCUGUUGUCCAAAUAUGAUGGCCAGUUGAGAUCGGAUGAACUAAAUGCAGCACUGCACAAUCUAAGCAUUUGGCCCACUGGCGAACUAGCUGCCAAUCAGCAAAAACAGCCAGCCAGCUUUGCGGCCAGCUAUGUGCACGACAAACUGGAGCAGGCAGUGCUGCGUCAGACGCUCGAUCCGCACGAGAUGUUCGAGAUGCAGCAGUCACUGCUGGACACGAAUUGGCGCGAAUCUUUGCUCAACACCAGCCACGAACAAGGCCAUUGGCAGCAGUUGACAUUGCUGCAGCACAUUGUUGCCCAACGGCCGGAGCACGAGCAUCUGACACUGCUGCCACUGGAUCGAGAGGAUGCGCUGCAACAGAGUUGCAUAACGAGCAGUCUGCUAUUGCGUUGCAUGGCCUGGACACAGCUGUUGCGUCGCAAUUGUGUACGAGACACCGAGGGCACAUUGCAUGUGGACACAGCGAUGUUGGCACGCGAGGAGGGCAAUCAUUUGACCAGUCAAGCAAUAUUGGAACAAUACUUUGGCGAACCGCUGACCCAAAUCGCCGGACAAUUGCUGCGGCAACCGUUGGACACAACCGAUGAUCAGUUGCUACGCGGCUACAGCGAGAUGGCCAAGUGUUUGCAUCAAUCGCAACAGCAGCCACAGCUGCACUGCACCGAACUCAGCUCCAUCAACAUAUGCGCCGCACUCUGCCUCAAUAUCCAGAAACAGCAGCAGGAGCAGCAGCAGCAGGUGGGUGCUGAGCUCCUGUUGACUCUAUCAGAUUGGAUAAGUGCGCGCAGCUGCAGUGGCUUGGCCACAAAUAUGUCGGCCACGUUGCAACAGCUCUUGGACCAGCUGCCCGAGUGUCCAUUAACUAGCAACAGCAACAGCAGCAGCAGCAACAGUAGCAACAGCAGCAGCAGCCUUCUACAGCCACAUGGCGAACGUGUUGUGGCACGGCUAAUCUACGCCAGUUUGCAGCAGCGGCCCGAUAACGAAGAAGCAUUGAUUGCGUAUGGCAAUUGGUGCUAUCGCUGGGGCAAAAAGAUUGUCGACAACGGUUGCAUUUUGAGUCCAGUGGACAUCAAUGCCAUUAGUAGCGAACUGGGCGGCGGAACUGAUGCGCUCGACAACGAUACGCUGCAGGAGCUGAUGCAGGCGCUGCGCAUGGAAUCGCCGCCGGGCAGCAGCUGCGAAGAGACGGACCUGCAAACGGAUGCACAAUGUGAGCAGCGACUGCGUCGCCUUGAAUUGCUCGCACAUCGGCCGCCGAGCACACUGGACAUGAUUGUGCGCAUCUGGCGGCGUGCGAUGGCUCAAACAUUUGAUUACUACAAGGCGGCGGCACACUCAUACUUUCACUAUCUCAGCUUGAAGGGAUCGGGAACGCAGCAAUCUCGUUUCCAUGUCGACGAUAGCAAUAUGGUGACAACCACAUUGCGAUUGCUACGGCUGAUUGUGAAGCAUGCGAGCGGUUUGCAGGAUGUACUCGAGCAGGGACUGAAGACGACACCGAUUGGACCCUGGAAGGUGAUCAUACCACAGCUCUUCAGUCGCCUCAAUCAUCAUGAACCGUAUGUGAGGCAGAGUGUUUGUGCCUUGCUCUGCCGCCUGGCGGAGAGUCGUCCGCAGUUGGUCACCUUUCCCGCUGUCGUCGGCGCCAAUCGUGAGCUGCAGGCCACGCCCCUAACCAGUACUAGCACCAGCACCGGCACCGGCAGCGGCAGCGACAGCAGCUCACCAGCAACUGAGAGCAGCUAUGCCAGCCUGUUGAGUGCCCUGACCAAACAAUCGCCCGAGGUGGUGCAGCAUGUCCAGCUGCUGGUGAAGGAGCUGCGUCGCGUCUGCCUGCUGUGGGAUGAGUAUUGGAUCCACUCAUUGGCGCACAUCUACAACAGCUAUGUGGGUCGCGUCCAUAGCAUGGCCAGUGAGUUUAAACCGGAUGAUCUGGAGGGCAAACAGAAUCGUUUCGACAGCUGGCGUCCGCAGUUGCUGCAAGAUCUGGAGGCGUUGAUAAGAUUUACGGCACGCGAACCGGAGACAAGCUAUGAGCGCAAUUUCAAGCGACGUUUCGAUGCGCCCAUCAAGCACACACUGGACGCACUGCGUCAUCAACCGUAUCCGGAGGCAUGGGACAAACUGAAACAGCUUUAUCACAUCCUCCAAUCGAACAUGCUGCGCGGCACAAGCAACACCCUCAAAAUGCGUUGCAUUAGUCCAGUGCUGUGUGAGAUUGGACGCAUGUCCAUCUCCAUGCCAGGCCUGGAUGCACAGGAUGAGCUGCAACCGAUCGUUAUUGAUCAUGUGGAGAGUACGGUAUGCAUUCUGCCCACCAAAACGAAACCCAAAAAAGUCGCCUUCUAUGGCAGCAAUGGACAAAAGUAUACGUUCCUCUUCAAGGGACUGGAGGAUCUGCAUUUAGAUGAGCGCAUCAUGCAAUUUUUAUCCAUCUCGAAUGCAAUUAUGGCCAGCAAGAAUGAUACACCGAACAGUUGCUAUCGUGCACAUCACUACUCUGUCAUACCACUGGGCCCCCAAUCGGGUCUAAUCAGUUGGGUUGAUGGGGUGACGCCGCUGUUUGCGCUCUACAAGAAGUGGCAACAACGCCAGCCGGAUGCCGACGCAUCUGCCUCGUCGCGCCGCCUCACCGAUUUCUUUUACAGCAAACUAUCGCCGCUGCUGGCCAAGCACAAUAUGCUCGUGACUGAUCCCCGUCGCCAGUGGCCCCUCUCCGUGUUGCGUCAGGUGCUCAACGAACUGAUGCAGGAGACGCCCAAAGAUCUGCUCGCCAGGGAGCUGUGGUGUCAGGCCGGCUGUGCGGCCGAAUGGCGUCAAUCGGUUCGUCGCUAUACCAGCUGCAUGGCCGUCAUGUCUGUCAUUGGCUAUGUAAUCGGGCUGGGCGAUCGCCAUCUGGACAAUGUGCUCAUCAAUUUGAGAAGCGGCGAUAUCGUACACAUCGACUAUAAUGUCUGCUUUGAAAAGGGUCGCACCUUGCGCAUACCGGAACGUGUGCCCUUCCGCCUUACCCAGAACAUGGUGCAUGCCUUGGGCAUAACGGGCAUCGAGGGCUCGUUUCGUCUGGGCUGCGAGUAUGUCCUUAAGGUGAUGCGCAAAGAGCGGGAAACAUUGCUCACCCUGCUCGAGGCGUUUGUCUACGAUCCCCUCGUCGAUUGGACGAUCAACGAUGAUGCAGCGGCUCUGCGACGUGCCGUCAAUGCCAAACCCUCGUCGACCGCUUCCAAUGAGAUGAAAUGCCUGAAGAAGGACAAGUCGAAGAACAAGUUGCACGAUUGGGAUGCCAAACGGCGGCACCUUGUCGGCAAGCUGAACCAGUGCCAAAAGUUUUGGAGCUCGGCCAAACUGAAAAUACUGCCGCAGCUGUCGGAAAUGGUGGUCGAGAUUGGGAAGCUGCAACAGAUGCAGGCGCAGCGUCUCAGCGCCGACCAGGAGCUGGUCAAUCUGAAUAAGCGUUCGGCUCUGAUAGCCGAAAUCAAUUCACUUGGCACGGCGAUCGAGAGUCACAGUUUCAAUACGGCCUCGUCACGCUAUGCCAUCAAGCGUCGCCACGAGGAAAUGCUGGCCGAACAGACGGUCCAGUGUCGCGCGGACUACGAACGGGUGCAGUGCCUCCUGGCCAGCUAUAAUCAAUGCCUGCAACAGUCGCAGCUCAUCAAGUUCAGUGCGUGUCUCGUUCACUUAAAAUUGGUGGCCGGCAACUGGAACACCAAUUACGACCAGCUACAAGAACAGGUGCAUGGCCAUCUGCCCGGCGACAUUUUGGAGGAGUUAAAUAGCACACGCCACCGGCUGGGCAAGCUCUCCGUCCGUCUGAGCGAUCUGGGGCUACAGUGUGUGGAGCAUAUGCUGCAAUAUGCAUCGAUUAUGUUUUACUAUCCGAUGCAGGCGAAUCGCAAGAACAAGUAUGUGCGAUUCCGCGACACGUAUGCACAGCAUCUGCGCCAUAUGGCAGAUAGCAGUUGUGGCAGCGUCUGUAGCAAUAGCAAUAGCAUUGCCCCCAGUCCGAUGUGCCACAUCAAUGUUGGCGAACAACUGAAGAUUGUUGAAACACUGGAAACGGUUUGGGUGCAACUUACCUGUCAGCUGUAUGAGUUGCAGCAGCAAGUUAGCAAUGUAGCAAAAGAACCGCAACCGCAAUCCGUAGACACGAUCCAAGAGAGUAACUUCAGCCAGAUGCUGCACAAUGCGGCACUCAUCCACACGAUGGAUGAGGCAACUGCUGCAUUUACCAACUACGAGAAAUCCGCUUUGGCUACACACGACACAAAAUUGACGCAACAACAAUUGCAGUUCAUAAAGCAUGUGCGCACCAUGUGCCGCAAACUUGCCGGGGAUUCCGUGCACUCCGUCCAGUCCGAGCAGGCCAGAGAGCAGCUGAGCGAACUUGACACGGCGCUCGACUCACUGAUUAAGUUGCAGUCCUUCUUCAGGGAGGAAUUGCCCGUGAGCAUCUUUCGCCUGCUGCUGCUCAGUCCCAAUUUGGAUGAUUUGACAGCGCUGCUGCAGCUGAGCAGCAAAGCGCUGAGUGAACGAUAUUCGCAGGCACUGUCACAACACAAAGAGCAGGAGGAGCACCACCAUCUGCCGGAGGAGAAAUCAUCAGUUCCGCUGCCCACUGUCAGCGAUCAGUUUAUGCCCUGUCUACAGUCGGGACACGAACAGUUCGAGAAGCUCGAUCAGUUUAUGCUCUGUCUACAGUCGGGACACGAACAGUUCGAGAAGCUCACCAAGGCACUGGAACGAAUUGAACGCACCAUUAAAUUGAUAAUCGAUGAUAUUCCGGAUGAUCAGACACAGCAAUAUAUGGAACUGAGCAUAUUGAAGAACGCGAGCAGAGAGCAUCUUAGUGGCGCCGUUUUCUUUGAGCUGGUGCUGCAAACGCUGCGCUCCAGUCAGAGCUACAAUAUCCGGCUGAUGGGUGGCCCCGUGCACAACUUUAUGCAUCGUUUGCAACAGGAUUAUAUUGUGGGUCUGGUGCCGCUGUUGUCCUAUGCAUUCUAUACGAAUUGCGGUACACGUUGCCACGAGUUGGCCGCGCUCUCCGAUUGUCCGACGCAAUUGCUGCAACUGUGUGAUGGCUUCUUUGCAUCUCUCCAAGCGAAGGCAACGUUGCUACAGCAAAAGCGCGAUAUAUCGCAGCUCAGUCAACAGAUCGAGACACUGACGCUAAUUGCAUCGGCCCAUUAUUGGGCCUAUGGUGAACUGCUCGAUUACGAGCUGUCUUCCCCACACAUCAUAAGUCGGCAGACGUUGUGCAAAGCUAUCUACGAGAAUUGGCAGACACUCGACGAGAGCUCAGCGGUCAUGGAGCAGCUGGUUCAUCAACUGAACUCACAGCUGGAACAGCUGCAGGGCCAUCGCAGCAACUGGAAUCGCAAUCACAUCGAUAGUCUGCUGCGCAUUGAUGAGCGGUUGCAUAAAAGGACCCUCAAUCACUUGGACAUGAUUGGUGAUGUUAGCAAUUGCGCCAGCGCCCUCUGCAGCAUCGAGCAAAUGGGUACAAUUGGUCAGGAAUCACAACAGCAACAACAACAGUUGCCCGAGCACAUGGAAUCCUGGCUGCAAUGCUAUGCCCAGUGGCAGGAGAGCAAUGCACGGAUCAGUGCUGUCGAGCAGGCCGUUGUGCAGCUGCUCGAUCCCGAGGGUGGCAUCGAUCAGUGCUGGUUAACGAAUGUCCAAGGACUGCUCGAGGAUUACACGUGCAAGGUACAGCGCGAGAUAUCGACGCUCGAGACCGAGCAGCAGACGCGUCACACAUUCAUUUGCACCCUUCUCAAGGAUAUUCUGCGUCAGCAGGAGCAUAUGCCACGCAUUUAUAUGAGGAACAUGUGCGCCGAGCUCGAGGAUCAGACGAGUGGUUCGGGCAAAUUGAUUCCGCUGGAUGUGCAGCUGCUGUGCGGUCAUGUGCGCGACUCCCAGCGCAAAUUGUUGAACUUCUUCCAGCUGUUGGUGGAGCUGCGCAAGGAUCUAAGCGGCGAUCGCCAUGCUAUGCAACCAAGCACGCUAGCCAGUUGGCAACAGCAGCUGUUGCUUAUCCAGGAGAUGAUCAACCACGAUGUCGAUGACUUUUUCAAGAGCAUCGAUGAGUUCCUGCAGCAUGCUGCCGAUGGCGAUUCGCUGCCAUAUGAAACAUUUACGCAUAACAAGGGUGCUCCAAAUUCGCAUGAGCAGAAGAGAAAUGCGUACGGGGUAUCCGUGUGGAAGAAGAUACGCAUGAAACUGGAGGGACGCGAUCCGGAUAGCAAUCAACGGAGCACCAUUGCAGAGCAGGUGGACUAUGUGAUACGCGAGGCAACUAAUCCAGAUAAUCUGGCCAUAUUAUACGAGGGCUGGACGCCGUGGGUCUAACGGUCACCGAACCGGAUAGUGCGAUAACUAAAUGCAUAUAUUGCAAAACAAGGCAUUACGUAUGUUUUCGAGGCUGACUACAGUGGAACUCGAUUUGACUGGACGCUGCGAAGUGGUCUGCCUGUAGCUGCCAAUAUUUGUGCGCAUAUAUAGAAGUUCAGGUUGGGGUCAUCUGUCGCUUUAUUAGCGCUAUGCCCCUCUCCCACCAACUUCCUCUUCCACAAAAAAAAAAAAAGAAAAACAAACAAAAAAACCACCAAUGCUCGAAAAGUAAAGUCGACUACAAUCAAUGAAUUGAAAAUUGAAAGACACAAAGACAAUAUCGUUUCGGUUGCUUUCGUCCAUAUUACGGCCACCCCUCCGCCCUCAAUUAUGCAAAGCGGGGGAGGGAUGGAGGUAGGAGUAGGAGACCAAAACUCAGACUCUGGACGCACGACAAAGAGUAAAAACGAAAUCGCCAGGCCUUGGAUUUAUUUCAGAAUUUUAAAUUAAUUUUUAGUUUAUAAAGAAAACAACUUUAUAAUUUCACUUACUUAAUUUUAAGCACAAAGCUUUUUUUAAUUUAGAGUUUAAUCAUUUCAAUCAAACUUAUCCUAUACCCAUCUAAUUAAUCAAUAUUCACACACGCAUCCAUUUGACAGGUGCAAUCAAAUUGGAAUUUGUUACCUAAUUAAUUUGUUAAUUUACAGCCUUUAUCUUUCGUUAAUUGAUUUUUGCGCUGAUUAAUGAUUAAUACUAAAUGCCUAAAGAUUACGAGAAAUGCAUGAUAAAUAAAUGUGUUUCAAUCAGUUCCAUUUCGGAUGAGUAUGUCAACUAAUUAAGCAAUUACACAACUUGUACAAGGAUUCACAAAUCAAGCUACAAAUAAACAAAAACUUCGUGUACCAAAAA